CGGCGCCGCCGCCGGCCAGUCGUUUGACGCCUGCCGCGCGAGCGGGUGUCGUCACGGAGCGAACGAGUGUCGCCGUCGCAGCGCGAGUGUCACCGCGUGACUGCGAGCCGCCGCCGGCGCGUCAUGGACCUUGUAUGAGCGGGCGCGAGUGCGACCGCUGGAGCCGACGGGCACGCCGGUCGUGGAGCGCACGCCGUGGAUUCCGGGCGGCGCGGGCAUGCGCUUCGAGGGCGCGGAGCGGCGCGACGCCGUCGCCUUCCACCCGCUGCUGGCGCCGCGGCCGAGCGACUUCUCGGUGUCGGCGCUGCUGACGGCGGGGGCACUGCCGCCGCCGCCUUACCUGCCGGCCGCGCUGGCCGCUGCCGCCGCGCUGUCCGCGCCCUGUCCGCUGCUCAAGCCGCCGCCGCCGCCGUAUGCGCCGCUACCUCCCGACGACGACGGAGUCGUCGAUGACCCUAAAGUCACCCUCGAGGGGAAGGACCUAUGGGAGAAGUUUCACAAGCUCGGCACCGAGAUGGUGAUCACCAAGAGUGGCAGACGUAUGUUUCCUGCCUACAAAGUUCGCGUUUCUGGUCUUGAUAAAAAAGCAAAAUACAUUUUGCUAAUGGACAUCGUAGCUGCCGACGAUUGCAGAUACAAAUUCCACAACAGUCGGUGGAUGGUAGCCGGUAAGGCGGACCCUGAGAUGCCCAAGAGGAUGUACAUUCACCCUGACUCUCCUUCAACGGGCGAGCAGUGGAUGCAGAAGGUCGUCUCCUUCCACAAGCUGAAGUUGACGAAUAACAUCAGCGACAAACACGGAUUCGAGCUCAUCUAUAGCCAAAGCCAACGGAUGUUGUCAAAGUUGCUGUGGCCCAAUACGUCGCCUAGUGCGCCCAGAGAUCCCCACUCAGAUCAUUUGUGUGUUACGCAGACGAUCCUGAACUCAAUGCACAAGUACCAGCCCCGGUUCCACCUGGUGCGGGCCAACGACAUCCUCAAGCUGCCCUACUCGACCUUCAGGACCUACGUGUUCAAAGAGACCGAGUUCAUAGCGGUCACCGCGUACCAGAAUGAAAAAAUAACACAGUUGAAGAUUGACAACAAUCCUUUUGCGAAAGGAUUUAGAGAUACAGGAGCGGGGAAAAGAGAGAAAAAUCUGUCCGUGUACCGCAGGCAGGCGCUGCUGACGGCGCGGUCAGACACGCGGGAAGAUGACGAUGAAAGACCACUCGACGUCGGGGGGCCUUCCAGUCCGCCGCCGCCGCCGCCGCAGCACACUACCAGCUCAUGGUUUAGUUCAAGCGGGGGAGGAGCGGAUUCCGGCGCUGAUGAAGCUGGUUCAGAUUCUUCAUGUUCGGGCGGCGCACGCGCACAAUCCCCUCCUGCGGGUCCCUCGCGACCCUCUCCGGCACCAGACGUCUCACUCGGUCCUCCGGUUCAGCCACCUCUCUUACCAUACCUUUACCCUCCUUCACUGUACCCACCACCAUUCUUUCCUCCACAUCAAAUGCCACCAGGCCUCCUUUUCAAUCUUCAUCCUCUACUCCAGCAAUAUUCUCUCCCACCUCCGCCAGCGCCGCCGGCCCCUGCACCGGCGCCGUCACUCAGCAAAACGCAUAGGUUCGCACCUUACGCGCUGCCGGGCUUAGGAUCUGCUUUCGAACAAGUAGCUCCGAGAGCGAGAAGCCUCAGUUCAUCUCCGGCGCGGCCGAGGGCGGGCUCCCCUCCGGCACGAGCGGCCUCGGCUGACCCUCCUCCCGACGCUCCCACGUCUACGACGAGCGCCGCGACCCCCCCUGCGUCCGAUCUGAAAAGCAUCGAACGCAUGGUCAACGGUCUCGACGUCGAGACCCAGGACUGACUCGAGUGUACAUAAAGUGUGUUUAUAUCAGCUCCCGCGCCGGGGCGUCGUUUUGUAUCGUUCCUAUUUUGUUUUUCUGUCGAGUUCUAUUCGGGUCGAUCGUAAUGUUUGUAAAUAGUUAAGCUUACGCUAGAUGGUUGUUUAGUCGUCAUUAAUGUUCGAUGGACGAUCCCAUGGGAAUUACUCGUUUGCAGAAAGCUUUUAUUUUUACCAUAGAGAAAUAUAAUCUGUCAAGAUUUAAAUUACUUUUUUUUUAUGUAAAGAUAUAUUUUUGAUACAAACUGUUUCAUUUGUUCGCCUGUGACUUAUCAAUGUUAACUAAAAAUAGGUAAAUAUUAUAUUAUAAUUAUUUUCGAGCUAACUAUGGUCAUAAUAAAAGUUUCCCUCUAUUUCGUAUAUUGCAACAUUUUCGUUCUCCUGCAAACUCAGUUAAGUCAAUGCUAAUACUGAUUUGUCGUCAGUGCGUAAAUUUAAAAGAGGUUUUAUAUCCGAACUGUCAAAGUGACAUUAAAACAGAUAAUGUGGCAAUCGAAUUAACAGUGACGUCACAUCGAACACGUAGUUUGAAACACAAUAGUUUUCACGUUAGAUUCUCCACUGCAAUAGCAAUAGGAAUACAAUUGUCGAUGAAAAGGGCUUACGAUAUACACUAAGGAAUGUAGAAUAUUAUACUUCUCCUUUUAUUAAGAAUAUCUGAAGACAAAAAUUGAAUAUGUUAAGGUUUUUAUGACUUUUUCAUUAUUAUUUCAUUCUCCUACACGAUCUAACCUCAUUUUAUCGAUACUCUAAUAUUAGAGAGCCCCUUUCAUCGAAAUUUUUCAAUAUGUUUCAUUUUCCCACUCUAAUAGAAUAAAAUACCUAAAUAAAUAAUAUUGCUUUAUUUUGUAAAUACAAUUUGUAAGUUUUAUUUACGUGUUUACUAAUCGACAUAUUUUGAAAAUAUGUUUUGUCAAUUGUGCUGUGAAAAGAGUGCGUUUAGUUUUUAUUUACAAAAUUUGAAAAAAGAACAAAUUAUAAAAAAAGUAAAUUAACUAUUCUAUAGAGUAUUUAUUGCCCUUAAUUGUUUUUUUUUUAAUGUAUAAAUGUAUGCAAGAAUAAUUUUAUAUUUUCUUACUAUUUGUAUACUAUUUCAUGAAGUAAAAACUAAACGCAACUGAAAAAAAUAAACGAUUGAUAAAAAUCUAACUGUAAGUUAAAUUUUGUAAUAUAUAGUUGAUAAAUAUUUAGUUAAAAUACAAAAUAUAUAAUUAUAAAUGAAUAUAAUUUUCCAUGGAAUUCAUUAAAUAUAAGCGCAUUAAAGUUUAACUGGAAAUAGACGUACAUAUGUGAAAAUUGUAAUUUCUUUUUUCUUUUAUUUCACCAUUAACAAGCCAACGAUUUGAGUAAAAGACGCAUUAACGUAUUUGAUUUGCCAUUUUUCUACAGAUUAAAAAAACAUUGCUUGGUGAAAUUGAAUGAGACUGUAACAAAUAUGACACCUGUAUUGAAAACUAUUCAUUAAAAUAUAUAGAUAAAUCUAUUGACAAAAUCAAUAA